ACCAGUUUUGCACGAUUAAGGAACUGUAAAGGAUUUCAAGAGAGAAUUGGUCAUCGAAAUGACAUUUAAUACGUUAAUUAAACAGCAAAUGAAAUCCUGCGUGGUUAAAAUUGCUAGACUCACUGCCAUUGGCUGGUGUUAGGUGACACAACUCAGGCCCAGCUAUAUCUGUAUGGUCAAAUGUUCGCUGGCAGACAAACCCACAAGCAGGAACUUUAAGCGCAGAAAAAGAAGUAAAUAUUGAAACACUACCUCUGCCCGUGUGUGUUAAUAGCACACACACAUUCAGACCUUGAGUGUACAAUAUAUGUCAUACCAGAAAGAGGUGGGCUGUGGCUCUCUGUUAAGUGAAGACUCUGAGAUUGGCACAGAGGACAUUUCCUUGGUUAUGCAAUGGCUUCUGAAAAGUUCUGAGCUGGAAGGAAACCCUUCAAGCAAGGAAUAUCUGUCAGAGUGGUCUUCAUGCAACGGUUCAACAAGAUGGAGAGGUACCUCAUCUCAACUGUAUCGGAUGAAAUGGUUGCCUAUGAUCCUGAAAUGUACCGUGGACCCAUAGAGUAUCACCCAUAUCUUAGCAGUGAUGGGGACAGUCAUGGAGACCAUGUCUGGGACUACUAUGGCCAUCCUGUUCACCCCGGGGACUUUGAGAGUUUUACAGAGAACCACUUCACAGAGCUGCAGAAUGCCCAGCCCCUACACAUCCCCAGCCUGCACCGGGGCAGUGAGAUGGAUUCACUGCAUCCCCUGGACCCGGGACUCAGUGGUCACCAUCUGACCAUAUCUCCACAGAUGCAAUACUUCUCCCCCGCCCUCUGCUUUCAACACCCCUCCCCUGCCACACGGAGCUCCGAUGAAGAGGAGCCUGGUGUCCAUAGCCCCCCUCUGGAGGUGUCAGAGGGAGAGGGGGACCUGGCCCACCACCUCCCCCGUCCCUCUACCAUUGAAACCGGAGGCAAGAGGAAGAUCCGUCUAUACCAGUUUCUACUGGACUUACUCCGAAACGGGGACAUGAAGGACAGCAUCUGGUGGGUGGACAAAGAGAAAGGCACUUUUCAGUUCUCCUCCAAGCACAAAGAGGCUCUGGCCAACCGCUGGGGAAUGCAGAAGGGGAACCGCAAGAAGAUGACCUACCAGAAAAUGGCUCGGGCUUUGAGGAACUAUGGAAAGACAGGGGAGGUGAAGAAAGUGAAGAAGAAGCUUACGUACCAGUUCAGCGGGGAGGUGAUGGGCAGACCACUUUCAGAGAAGAAGAUGUAUGCAUUAUCAUAGGACAAGGAGGCAAAAAAAAUCCAUAUUUCAUAUUUCAAAAUUUUCAUUUUAAUGAAGAGUUCCUACGGGAUGUAUAUACGUACAUAGGAUUAUUUUUUUCUGCUGUUGUUCAGUAGAUGUUCUUUCUGUGUGUCUUACAGACUGAUUUAACGAGGAGCAUUAGCCUUGAUAUGUUUUUAUGGACAAUGUACAUUUCAAAGUUUCAAAGGGCAGAUGAUGAAAUCUACCAUUGUUCUCAUAAAUGGGAAGUGAAAGUUAUUUUUAAAAAAUGGCACAAACCAGCACCAGCUUACUGUACACAUCUUAAAAUAUUACGUAAAAUGGCCAGAUUAACAGUAUUUAUUAAGAGUAAUAUAUUACUCUCAAGGCCCUUGGGAGGGUCCCUUUUUGCUGUGUUCCAGUUGUCCUCCAAAUCAGCAAAGCUAAUCUGUGAGAAACAGAUUCAAAGCUGUGAAAACAGAUUUUUAAACUAAUCGUAGGGAGCAAGAAGCAUCCUGUCCCGGAAAGGCAUCAUGUUAAGAAGUAGGCUAUUGUGGUUGCAUGACAUAUGUUACCGUGAUCAUGGGGCUGUGCCGUUACUGCAAAAUGGCCCAAAUAUCAUUCUGAUAAAUAAAGUCAAUCUGAUUUGGUUUCCCUAGUAA